GCCGGGGAGAAGACGUGUGGCGGCUGGCUGUUCGAGGGGGUCUCAAGGCCGUUGGGAUCCGGACCCAAGCCAGCAGACCCGGUGGCGACCACUUCGACCUUCAAGGGCGACGCCUGCUGUACAAGCCUGCAGCGGUGCCGGUUCCCAGUGUCACCACGACAUCCCGAAGUCUGCUGAACUUCGACUAGGCCGGUAAGAACAUCAACUGCUCCGCUUGGCAAAGCAUACCGACUGAGUUUAACCAAGCUGUAACUUCCCCGAAGCCUGCCAAUGUCGUCGUUCAAGCAGCCGGCGAAAUACAACAUCAAGCGGGGACAGUCAAACAAGAGCAACCACAGUUCCUUUAUGAACCAGUCGGACAUGCGUGCAAAGUACAGAAAGAAAUUUCGAGCCAUACUUCAGAAGAACAAACUCCUUGCCAGAGCUCUUGUGGAUGCCAGGGCAAAAAUAAGUGAACUGGAAGGUGCGGGCAGCAGACAGCAAAAAAUUGACAACCUUGCAUUGCCUCAGAUCAAGUUGUGGCUCGAAACAAACCUGCAGCUCAUGCACACCAUAGCCAGCAACAGCACCCGAGGCAUCAAGCUUUUACAGGACAUAAUGACGCCCGGGCAGGACAUCUCUCUCACGGGCAUCUCCGACAUGGACUUGUCCUAUUCUCAGGAACGGAGGCGAUCCUUGCAUCCACCAGGCAGGCAGGGCUACGACGAAUUCGGGAACGUCACGGUGAUUCCUGAGGAAAGCGACAGCAUGAUUGACAGGUCGGAACAUCUGCUCAACUCUGUCAUGAUUGAAGAGGAGCCCGAGGUCGACCUAUGCUCGAGAGUCACCGUCCGAAGGAAAAGCCGCAACACGAGGUCGUCAGCAGGCAGACGUAGCAGCCUCUUGGACGCCACGCCUGUCGCCCCCGACGUUGACCAGGAUUCCGACUCGGCGGUGCCAACAUUUAAAGUGGUCGACGAGGAAGCGUCGAUCCUUUUGAGAGAGGUCACGGGACAGGAGAAGACCGUGGUCCGUGCAGAGUCCGUAGUCCUGCCACCUCCCGACAAGGUCCAAGGGCCCAGUGUGAACGAGUACAGCGCAGCAUUCAGCUACAGGCCAAAGAUACCCCGGACUCCAGACGUCACUAGCAAGGACACGAAUGGCUUGUUCUCUGAAGAUUUCUUAAGCAGCCCCUUGCAAACGCGUCAAAGGACGAGGGUGUCUGAAAUUCCUCUGCAGCCUUGGCCUAGGAAGUCUGAAACUGUACGCCAGAAUUCACGCAACGCCAGGUGGAGCGGCCCUGCAGAUUUCAGCCCCUCGGAGUGCCCCUCGCCGUUGACAUCAACAGCCCUGCUGGAGCACGCCUUCAUCGAGUCUCCCACUUCCACUCUGCAGCGACAAGGCGGCAACUUGGCUUCUCUGGAAACGACCGCACCCAGCAAUUUGGACGAGACUCUUGAAGCGGCACCGCGGAGACAGUCGGCCAGAAAGUCCUGCAUGUCGCGAGCCAGCGAUGUCAAGAAGUCGUCUCGCGUGACCUUUGUUGUCAACAAGGCAAGAGAAGGUAUGGCUGCUGCGCGUGAAGCCCCACGGGACUUCACACCUGUCACAGUGGGGUCAGAGGAACCCCGAAAGGCACCACACCGUGCGACGUAUUUUGUUAGCAAGCCGGAAGAAACGACUGAUGCUCCAGAGCACGAAGGCCUGGGCGAUGUGCAGCCUCGUACUGUCAACACCGAGGUAAACGUUGUGGAACACAAUGGUGACUUGCCGGAGAAAAAGGAAAUCGAAGCUGGGGGUAACAGUGGAGGCACGAUGGAGAAGGAAGUUUCGCAAAAAGCUGACAGUCUGUCCAAGCAGGCCCGUCGCACUGGCAAGAAGUCGCGCGGCAAGCCACGGGAGGUCAGCCCCGUAGAAACGGAACCUCCUCGGAAAAGUGACGGACCGCUCAAUCCGGAGCCGAUGGAUAUGGACGUCGGGGCUGGUUCCUCAACAGACGAAGAAGGUGCCACGCGGUCCUCAACGGGGCGGUCAUCCAGGAGAAAUCUGCAGCCCAAGAGCUACAAACUGCCAAGCAUUCGCACAAAACUUCGACGACCAUGAUAAUGGGCAAAGAGACAUGUCAUUGUGUGUAGUUUUAACUUAUCGCCUAGGUUUUUAUAUGAUGCAGUUUAACGGCACUGUGGGCAUUGGUUCUGAUCACGCUUUCUCACAUUUAUUUUAUAUUUUUUUAACUAUUAACAAAGGCAGUCGUUUUUAUAUACCUUGUAGCAGAUAUGCAAGGUACUUCGUGUAAUCCUUUUGAUGAACAAACUGUCGUGGAAAGACACGAUGUAGAUGAACCCAAGUACAGAGGAACGCAUGUGACAGGUCGGGCAAAGUACAAACCGAAAACAAACUCUGCGAGAUGUC